UGAUGUAAACACCAAAAUUGCAACAGGAAUGCUUCACGUAGGCCUUGGUGAGACCCAACUUAGUAAUCUGUUGGCUUCGGUGAAUCUUCACUAUUUGAGCGUAUCUGGGUUAAAGACGAGAGAAGAAGAAGUUGGGGCAGCAUUGGAUUCAUAUGCUGAAGAAUCCAUGAUAAAAUAUCUAAAUAUGGAGUCUAAUUUACAGGAAAAUACUCAUGAUUCUGAUGACAAUGGAGAAAACAAAGGGAUUGCAGUUUCCACCGAUACCUGUUGGCAAAAAAAAGGCUCCGGGAAAUCCUAUAAUAGUUUGUCUGGAUGUGCAUCACUGAUUGGACAGAAGACCGGGAAGGUAUUGAAUGUAAAAAUAAAAUCAAAAAAUUGCAGGACUUGUGAUGUUGCCAAAAGAAAAGGUAUAGUUCCAAAAGAGCACAAAUGCAGCAAAAACCAUACAGGCUCAUCUAAAGGCAUGGAGCCAGCUUUAGUGGUUGAUAUGAUAAAAGAUGUAAUAAAUAAGGGUGUCGAUAUUAAAGAAAUUGCUGGUGAUGAUGACACUACAGGUUUUCAAAGGGCACAAAACGUUCUUAAAAUAAAACUUAAGAAAAGAUCGGACAAAAACCAUAUCAAGAAAAACAUAUCAAAACAGUUAUAUGCAAUAAAAAAGAAUUACAAAGAAUUGUCACAAAGGGUCAUCAAUUACAUCAUGCAGAAUUUUUCAUACAUGGUUGCCCAAAAUAAAAAAAACACAGAAGGUGUAACAACUGGCUUGAAAGCAAUGGUAGGACAUAUUUUUGGUGACCAUAGCUUCUGUAAUACCAAGUGGUGUGUCUUCCUUGAACACCCUUUGGCAAAAUUUAGUAAGUUACCAUACGGCAAACCACUUCAAAAUCCAGAGCUGAGGAAGGAACUGGAUAGAAUUUUUAUUAAAAAAUUAUCAAUUCAAGCAGAAAAACUUGCAAAUCUUGCUAGCACUCAAACAAAUGAAAAUCUCAACCAAAUGUUAGCAACAAAAGCACCUAAAUAUAAACAUUAUUCUGCAUCUAACAGUCUGAGUUACAGGUUUAGUGCAACAGUGGCACAGAAAAAUGAAGGCCACAGAUAUGUGCAUGAGGUUCAUGAAUCAAUGGGGCUCUCACCAGGCAAUUUUACCAUAAAGCAUGCUACCUUCAUGGAUAAGAUCAGAAGAAAGUACAGUAAAUUACAGAAGACGAGGAAAUAUAAAAGGAGAAGAAUAGAGCUAAAGUCGGAGAAAUGUAACAGCAAUGGUAUAGCAGAAGUUCUAGAGGGAACAACUUAUGAAACCAAUAUUGACAUUGAGGAUGAUAUAACUGACCAACUAGAAGAAAUUCCAACUUGGAAACAGAUAACAGCUGAGGAAAACUUUCCAAUUAUAGUAUUUGAUCUUGAAACUACAGGCUUGUCUCGUCAGUCAGAUAUUGUACAGAUAGCAGCUUUAACUGAGAAUGAAACUUUCUCAGCCUAUGUUAUGCCAUCAAAGAAGAUAACACCACAGGCAUCUGAUAUAACAAACAGUGUUCCAGCUUGA